UCUGCUUUAUCGGUAUCGGUAACAGAAUGCUAGACCUGGUAUCGCUAGGUAUCGGAUUGAAAAUAAUCCAGUGUUUCCUGGUAACCGUUUCCAAUGAAGCGCAAGUGCGUGACGUCGCAGCAGCGCGGCAGAUGCACGCGGACUGGAAUUAACGUUAACUGUCCGAGCGCGCGAGAGACCGACAGACAAUCCCGGGCAGGAAGAAUGCUCUGAAUACACGGACUUUCCCCCCUAUGGCGAUGGAAAAACGUUUCGUAUAGCCUGCUCGAUGAUAAUGUGAAAAUCAAGAGCAGAGAUGACUGAUGUGGAAACUGUUGUCACCGACUUCGCCGCCACAGGAAGGACUGGCCGACGAAACGCCGUGCCAGAUAUUUUAGGUUCCAACACAGGACCCGAAGCAGCAGACCUUCCAAACAAACUAGCUGAUCUCGCUGUUGGAGAUGACGCUGAGCAUGGAGGAGAAGGUUCAUCCUCAUCAAGUGACGCAGCCAAGGACCCUGCAGAGGGAAAGGAUCAGGCAGAGGGAACAUAACUUAACCCAUUACAGCAUGAACCAAACUGAACAGCAAAGACAAGAGAGACAGCACCACAAACAAUCUCUCCUUUAGCCUCCAUGACCAAACUACUGUUCUGGUCGCAGUCUGUGCUAUGCAGCGUCUUCACUGGAGGAUAUUAUUCUGAUUAAGGCUAAUGGAGGAGCACACCCAUCUUCUCUUGGAAAUCCUUCUGUUUUGACAGAAUCAAUAAAUUCCCCACCUGAGUGAUGUUCAUGUGGCGCAAAGAAUCAUGGUGUCUGUAUGUCUUAGAGAACCAUAUGACAUUAUUUUCCUAGUUUUAAAAGGGACCACUUGAUUUAUUUUUUAAAAUUGUCACUAAACUAAAGGAAUGUCUAGUUUCUAUACAAAAAAAGAGAGAAAAAAUAGCAUUCCAUUUGGUUACGUAAGUACAAUUUAAACCUUAAGAAUGUUGUUGAUCAUCUAUUUUGUGAUUUUUAUUUUCUAUGAACAUAUUGUACACUUUUUCUGAGUGCUUUUUGUCAAAAUGAGUAAAUAUGGAACUGUCAAUGUUGAAAGUUACACUUCAUGUCAUUGUAUUGAAAGUACGGUAGGCAUCAAUUUUCACUGAUUUGGUGGUGUCGUGAUUUUUCUUUCCUUUUUCCCCCCCUCUGUGCUCUCAAAAGCAAAACCUAAAGAAAAUACAUACAUGAAGAUGGUGCGUUCGAAUACAUUUUUCACUCUGGUUAUGCUUUGCAAAAAUCAAAUGCGUUGUUUCAACCACAUUGUUGUCUGUUGCGCCGAUGUGAAAUAAAGUCUGCACUUAGUUUUUUUGUGGU